AUGAAACACGACGUCAUGACGUCACAGGCAAAGCCUCCCGAGCUGUCAGUGAUAGAAGGAGGAUACAGGGGGGCUAUGGAGGGACCCGACAAGGAGAUCGAGUGUGGAGAGCUGCUGGAUCCAGCUGUCGGGGAUCCUGGAAAAGAUGUGGUGGGAAAGAAAGCUGCUUCUGAGGUCUCCUCUUUAUCUGGGCAGCCUUCCACUGGGCAAAAAAUUGGCCACCGUGAUGUUGAUGCUUCAGGCGAGACCACUUACAAGAAGACCACAUCAUCAACUUUAAAAGGUGCCAUUCAGUUGGGUAUUGGAUAUACUGUUGGAAAUUUAACUUCCAAACCAGAAAGGGAUGUUUUGAUGCAGGAUUUCUAUGUUGUGGAAAGUAUCUUCUUUCCAAGUGAAGGAAGUAAUCUAACGCCUGCCCAUCAUUACCCAGACUUCCGCUUUAAGACUUAUGCUCCUGUUGCCUUCAGAUAUUUUCGAGAACUUUUUGGGAUUCGACCAGAUGAUUAUCUUUAUUCUCUGUGUAGUGAGCCUCUGAUUGAACUUUCUAACCCUGGGGCAAGUGGGUCUCUCUUUUAUGUCACCAGUGAUGAUGAAUUCAUUAUCAAGACAGUAAUGCAUAAAGAGGCCGAAUUCCUUCAGAAACUGCUUCCUGGAUAUUACAUGAAUCUGAACCAAAACCCUCGCACUCUAUUGCCCAAAUUCUAUGGCUUGUACUGUGUUCAAUCUGGUGGGAAGAAUAUCCGUGUUGCUGUAAUGAACAAUAUCUUACCACGGGUAGUCCGUAUGCAUUUCAAGUAUGACCUUAAGGGCUCUACUUAUAAAAGACGUGCUUCCAAAAAAGAGAGAGAAAAAACGUGUCCUACACACAAAGACUUGGAUUUCAUGCAAGAUGCACCUGAAGGACUGCUUCUGGAUGCUGACACCUUUAGUGCAUUGGUUAAGACUUUACAAAGGGAUUGUCUGGUUUUAGAAAGCUUCAAGAUUAUGGAUUACAGCCUUCUUCUAGGAGUGCACAACAUAGAGCAGCAUGAGAAAGCGCGGCAAGCGGAUGGCUCUCAGAGUCAAAUUGAUGAAAAGCGCCCUGUUGGACAGAAGGCUCUGUAUUCCACAGCAAUGGAAUCCAUUCAAGGAGGUGCAGCCCAUGGGGAAUCCAUAGAUACAGAUGACACAAUGGGAGGUAUUCCAGCUGUCAAUGGAAGAGGGGAACGUCUGUUACUGUACAUAGGAAUUAUUGACAUAUUGCAGUCAUACAGAUUUAUCAAGAAGCUGGAACACACAUGGAAAGCUCUUGUUCAUGAUGGGGACACUGUUUCUGUACACAGACCAGGCUUCUAUGCUGACCGUUUCUUCAAGUUCAUGACUAACAUCGUGUUCCGAAAGACAUCAUCUCUGAAAUCAUCACCAUCUAAAAAAGGAAGAAGUGCCCUUCUGGCUCCUCAUUCUAUAGGUCCCUCUUCAGCAUGCUCUGCCGGACAGAUCUUAGUUGAACAUGAAGAAGGGCAAUAUGAACUUCAUGGGGCAAGUAGCUGCCCGACUUUGGAUGAUAAUGGUCGAUCAGACAUACUGCCAUGCACAACUCCAUCAUUUGAAGAAGCUACAACAGUCUCUAUUACUACGACAAUAUCUUCAACGUCACUUUCAAUUCCAGAACGUUCUCCCUCUGAAACUUCAGAGCAGCCUCGUUAUCGGAGACGUACUCACUCAUCAGGAUAUGAUGUACGAACCCAUGAGAUCCAAGCAUAUGAUGAGGUUGAGCAGGUCACCGUGGAUGUGAAGUCAUGGGAACAGAGUGCUGUGGCUGAGCAAGAAGAAGAGAAGCAUGGAGAAGCUUCUGGCUGUGUGGUAAGAGCAUAUUCAGGUGAAGAAACUGGAAGUCAACGCUCUGAAGAGGAUGAAGAGGUACCAGUGACUGACAUAUACUUUCCUCCAGAUGAACAGAGCUGGGUGUAUUCCCCUCUCCACGCUAACACACAGAUCCAGCCCAUCUCAGAUGAAGAAACAGACACAUAAUUACUAUGCAGAUCUUUGAAAAAAGAUGAAUAUACUAUUACCUCCAUAUGAACCUACCCCCCCGGAGUAAACAGACGAAGUCAAGGU